AGACCUUCCAGGUCAAGAAACCCCGUGUUUAUGCUUAGCUAGUAACGAAGUGCAGCGACAAGAAGGCAAAAACAAAGCACGGCGUUAUGAAUGUCUUUUUCUGGGGAAAUUAUAGGACGAAGAAACAUGGCGAAUCGGUGCAUUAUGCAUAUGUGUUUUAAAGACGAUACGAGCGUGCCUGGACAGGAAAGCAGACGGCCAUCUGAAAAGAUAUUAUGCUGACCACAAUUGGAUCUGUUGUGUAUACUUGCAAUCAUUAAGUAAAUGGAUGAAGUGGAUCAAAUUUACCUCGAACAAAAGGUGGAAAAUAAAAUGACCCAACAAUCUAAGAUGCCACCCAUGGCUCUCAGUAAAAUGGUGGGUGGAUUUUAAAAAAGGACUUGCUCUCAGGCAGAAAUUCAGUCUGCUAACAUGGACAGUGAGGAAGACCUCUCUCAUAACGGUGAUGAAAGGGGACUUGGGAAUGGCAAUGUUACAGAAGAUUGCAAAAAACGAGAAGCAAAAGGCACAUGUUUAAAAAUUAUGGGACAGGAUGGUUAUGUGUUUAAAUCAUAUAGCCUUACAUGUCACGAGGCCACAGAUGCAAAACCUGCUUCCUGUUCCUCAGGGACUUUGGCUGAAGAACCUUCUUCAGUGUUUUCUGCCCUUGACUGUAAGUCAGGAGGCUUGUCUUCUCAGGUUGAUGGGCAUUCAUCCGAAUCUCCAACAACAGACAAACAGUCUUUUCAGGAAGAGAUGUGUAACAAAGAGGACUGGCCCGUUUCUUCAUCCAUUUCAAUAGCGAGCCCGAAGCCUGGGGCACUGUCAGACUGCAUUGCUGACAAUAUAAAGAAAGAGCCAGGAAGCGAUUUAGAUGCACAUAUAAAAGAGGAUGAAACGCAUGUCAAGGAUGAAGCUGAUGAUGUUGAAGAUGAUGAAAAUGUAACCUUUGACAGCUCAGCAGGCCCUUUUGCCACUAGAUGUGAUGAUUACAGCAACUUGCUUAGCGGUUACACAAGUACUCUUUAUGAUGUUGCAAUGGAUGCUGUGACACAGAGUCUUAUAUCAUCAAUUAAAAAUCCUGCUAGUCCUCGAAAGAAGUCCCCUGCUUGGAAGCAUUUCUGCAUAUCUCCACGAGAUAGCACCAAAGCAAUCUGCAUGUACUGUAUGAAAGAGUUCAGUCGGGGUAAGAAUGAGAGAGACCUCAGCACCAGUUGUCUGCUGAGGCAUGUGCGAAGGGCUCACCCCACUGUGCUUUUACAGGACGGUGAGCUUCCCUCCAGCGCUUUGGGUAGCCCAGUUGCCUCAUCCGUAAUACCUCCCACAAACUCACCAAAUAAUGGGGAAUUGGCAGCAAACACAACAUCCGCUUUGCAGAAAAAUACUUUGCCAUCUUCCCCAUCUGCCGAUAGCACAGAGGUCUCAUGCAACAAAGUGCUCCCAAUUAUGCCAAAGUUGGAGAAGCAUCCCAAAUAUGACACCUUCAUGGACUCUUCCCUGCAUUCUAGCAGCAACGGUCAUGAAGAUGGUGUGGAAGGAGGAUCUGAGCAUAUCCCUGCGAAUCCUAAAAACUCUAACUCUCGGAGGAGGUCAGCAGUGUGGAAACACUUUUAUCUUUCCCCUGCAGAUAGCUCCAAGGCUGUUUGUGUACACUGCAUGAAUGAAUUCAGCAGGGGUAAGAACGGAAAAGAUUUGGGAACAAGUUGUCUUAUACGUCACAUGUGGCGGGCCCACCGAGACAUUGUCAUUGAAGAAAACCAACAGGGCUACAGCAUUCCACCACCUUACACUAACCCUCCAACUCUUCUGUCACGCAUCAAGUUGAAGGAGGGAGAAGAGUUUAAAAAAGAGCCUUCAUCUGUUUCGUCGUCUCCUAAAGCGAUGUCUGACCGGGUUCGUAAUGAGGAAAUUGAUGUCAACGAGGAAUCGAACGAUACACUAUAUCAGUCAGGGCAAGAGUCAUCCCUUGACAUGUCGGUGACCGUAGGACUAAUGGGUGAUGAAGACCUGCCUCACACCUCUUCGCCUGAUGACCUCGCUGAAGUCCCAAAGCAAAACAAAGAGAUGAUUUCGGUUUUCCAACAAAACAAGAAGAUCAUGAAGCGGGUAAAGUCAGAAGUGUGGCACCAUUUUAUUGUUUCCCCAGUAGACCAACGCAAAGCAUUGUGCCGGUACUGUCCAUGUGUAAUUAACCGUGGGAAACGUGGUGACUUUGGAACCAGCUGUCUGAUGAGACAUCUGAUGAGACGGCACCCUGAUGUCCUAAAGAGCCAAAAAAGCAUGUAUAACAAUGCCUCCUCCCCUCAAUCACCAAAUGUCAUCACUGCUGGAGAAGCGAUGUCAGAAGAUUUCUCCGAAACCCCUGUCAUUGAGAAGAAACUUCACAUAGUCCCUGCUUUUAGCAAAAAGACUUCAAAACUGUGGAAUCACUUUUCCAUUUGUGCCACAGAUCCCACAAAGGUUGUUUGUUUGCACUGUAGCCGCAGAAUAAGCAGAGGGAAAAAGACCACAAACCUUGGCACCAGUUGCUUAUUUAGGCACAUGCAGAGAUUUCAUGGACAUGCUCUAGAACAAAACAACAGCAGUGUCUCAGGUGUUUCCUCUGCUGAUGUACAAGUGAAACAAGAACUCAUGGACACAUCCUCAUAUGAGGAAAAUAUUGAAAGAUUUGAUGAGUACCACCCAGUUGCCAAAAAAAUAACUAAACUUGUUGCAGAAAUGCUUGCACUGGAUCUUCAGCCCUCUGCUCUGGUAGAGAAUGUGGGUCUCAACCGGUUACUAGAAUACCUGCAACCACAAUAUUCACUCCCCUCAUCUUCCUACUUUACCAGCACUGCCAUACCAGAAAUGUACAACAGAGUGAAAGAAGUUAUAAUCACGCACCUUAAAGAGGCUGAGGGUGGCAUUGUCCACUUCACUGCAAGUAUCUGGGUGAGCAGCCAGACACGGGAGUACCUGACCCUGACAGCACACUGGGUCACUUACGAGUCGUGUGUGCGAUCUCAAGGCCAAGACUUCCACUGCUCCGCCCUCCUCAGUAUCUCACCAAUUGACUGUGACUACAAUAUGCUCAAUAUUCAGAAACAGCUUGAAUACCUCUGGGACUCUUGGAUUGAUUCUUCAGGGCUGAAAAUUGGGUUCACUGUAACUGAUAAUCAGAGCAUUGGAAAAAUCUUGGAGGAUAACGAUCGCACUGUUGUACGGUGUUUUGAACGCUCCAUUGACCUCAUUGUAACUGAAGCCAUAAAGAGUCAGAGGAUGGUUCAGAACCUGUUAAGCAGUGCUCGCAAAAUCUGUGAGCGUGUUCACCGCUCAACGAAAGCAAAAGAGAAACUGACAGGGCUUCAAAAGGAAUAUCACUUACCAGAAAACCAGCUGGUUCAGGACAUUCCCUCCAAGUGGAAAACAUCCCUUUACAUGUUUGAACGUUUAGUGGAACAAAAGAAAGCCAUUGAUGAAAUGUCAAUUGAGUGCAAUUUCAGGGAAUUGAUCAGCUGUGACCAGUGGGAAGUGAUGCAGUCUGUGUGCAAUGCUUUAAAGCCCUUUGAGGUUGCCUGCAGGGAGAUGAGCAAUCGGACUGCUACAUUAGGCCAAGUAAUACCACUCAUCCACAUCCUCAACCGAAAAAUAGACUUGCUCUUUGAUGAGACCAUGGGCAUUGACAACAUGCUCAAGUCCCUGAAGGAUGCUAUGGUGAGCCGAUUGUCCUCAACACUUCAUGACCCAAGGUACAUGUGGGCAACAAUGUUGGACCCGCGGUACAAGACCUCACUGUUCACGGAGGGGGAGGCAGAGCAGUGCAAGCAAGAUCUUGUACAAGAACUUGACACAUUAUCUACCUCAACCGAGAAAAAGCAUUUGCUUUCCAAUGGCUGUAGUGAGAUCCGUCCUCCGUCAAACAGCAUUGUGAGUAAUAAGGACAACCUCUGGGCCCUCAUGGAUGACAUCAGGAACAAGAUCAAACAAGAGGAGCAACCCAAAUCAUCAGAGCUAGCAGUGCUAGAGUAUCUUGAAGAAGAGAUACUCGAUCAAAGCUGUGAUCCUUUGGAUUAUUGGAACCUGAAGAAGUUCCUAUGGCCAGACCUUGCCAAAGUAGCUGUUCGGCACGUUGGUUGCCCCCCUAGCAUUGUCCAAGCAGAGACAUUGUUUUGCACAGCGAGUAUAAACUCUGCCCAGAGUCAGUCAAGGCCUCUGCUGGACAAUCUGGAGGAGCUAAUCUUUUUAAAGGUCAAUUUUCCAUUGAUAUAUUUUCAGUACUGAAAAGGGAGGACUUAGGGCUGUUUCACAGUGCUCAACUUAGCCCAGUCUAGGACUGGUUCACAUCCACUUCUGUGAAUUUGUCCCAAUAUGUCAAUACACUGAACACAUUUUGAUAUGAUUGCCUCAGGUAUCUCAUACAAAGUUUUGAUUAGUAACACAUCAGAUGAGUUCUUUGAACAUGUUUUGUGCAUACUACUGUUUAUAACUUGAGUGAGGCCGCUGUCCCAGCGGACUGAGUUUAUCACAGGAGGGAGAGUAGCUAGUCUUAUGUGAAUUGACUUGUUGCUGUCUUUUUUUUAUUCUUAUUUUUCUCUCCCCCCCCCCCCCCCCCCCCAAACCCAUUUUCUUCCUUCUGUGCCUUAUGCAAAUGACUUCAGGUCAAAAUACAAAGUACUUGACUGAUGUUCAACUACGUUGUAUACUUAAAUGUAUGUGAUUAUGAUAGAAAUCUAGAUACUGAAUGUUUUUUUUAUACAUGUGAAUGAGGUUCAAAAUAAAUGCUAACAGAAAUACCUGAUACUUUUCACGGGAAAAUAGUUUAGUUCUUUAAUUGUGAAAUUGUUGGUAAUGGGUACUGUUCCAUAAAGCUAGUUUUCUUUUCAACAGAAACUAUCUUUAUAUAGACUAUAAAAUAUUGCUGUAUUUACAAUAGAAGCAAUCUGUUUGAAAUUUCUUUCUUAAGCACAGCUAGUCUUCUGAGGGAUUAAAUUAUUGGUCACUGUUGAGUGAAAUGACACUGUACAUUUAUAAAUUCUCUGAAGAAUUUUAUGCUUGUUUAAUGAUGACUGGAACCAUGCUAAUGUUGUUAAUUGUAAAUAAAGACAUUUUCCUUGGA